UAGUAGAGAGAAGAACAAAGGUAUUUUUGGCUUUGUGGGCUGUACUACUACUCCUACUAAUGGCUGUGUCUCUGACUCUGUAUCACACUCCAUCUCUUCCUCGAUUGCUUCCGCGCCAUCAAAACCAGCAGAGACCCACUUGGAGAUUUCUUCAGCUGCGGUGCUCCAUCGACCCAAUUAAGAAAACGACCCUUAGAACUUGCAAGAAUUGCAAAACCCAGUUCGACAUUUCUUUCAAUCACCCUCGAGCUUGUCGUUUCCAUACUUCUCAUUUUGGUGGAGAAACGAAGAGGAAAUUCGAGAGUGUGUAUUCUGGGGGCACAAUGGAUACUCCUGACUCUGGCCAGGUUUUCCAAUAUUGGCAUUGUUGUGGAUCUGAAGAUCCCUUAAGCCCUGGAUGCACUGCUGCUCCUCACGCAUCCUACGACGACUGAAUUCACACUGAAUUCAGUAAACAAUCUUCCACACUGAAUUCACUUCCUUCCUUCCCUUAACAUAAUUGAUGUUUUGUUCAUUCUGUGACUUUGUAUAUCUAUAUUGAACAACAGUUUAUUCCUAUUUAGGGUUUAAAUUAUUACCAAUAUGAGGUUGAUGCUGUAGUUUGAAGACAUGUUACCUACCCUUUACUAGAAUCCUGACUUGCUACUUAUCUCCUUUGCUCCUCUGUUUGUAUGCAAAAUAAUAAAGAAGUUUUGGGAAGGAGUCUCAUUUUGGCCUCA